AUGUCAAUCGUCGAGGCUGUACUCACACCUCCAUCAUCGAGUUCUCCCGCUGGUCCGUCGAAUCUCAGCAUCGCGCAAUUCCGAUUCUGCCAGUCCACUAUUCGGUCGUUGAAAAAGCAAAAAGAUGCGGCACCUUUCUUGCGGCCUGUUGAUGUCAUAGGGCUCAACAUCCCCCACUAUCCUUCCAUCAUCAAGACGCCAAUGGAUUUUUCAACAAUCGAACGCAAACUUAAUUCGUCGAAUCCAGCGAAACCUGAUCUGAAUCUUCAGAAUCCUCGUUAUCACAAUGCUGACGAAUUUAUCUUCGACGUGCGCUUAAUUUUCCAAAAUUGUAUAACGUUCAACGGUCCAGACCAUGCGAUUGCCGCCAUGGGAAAGCGGGUUGAGGCAGUUUUCGAUAAGCAGGUCAAGCAAAUGCCCGCAGCAGCAGAAAUGGCUACGCCUACCCCGCCGCCGCCGCCGCCCCCUCCCGUUGUGCCAGCCAAGAAAGCUCAACCCGUUCGACGUGCUUCUACAUCUAUGCCUGUCAUAAGGCGAUCAGAGGCAGAAGUCACUGCUCGACCUAAACGCGAAAUUCAUCCGCCGCCUCCCAAAGAUCUUCCAUAUGCUGACGCGCCAAAAAAACAUAGAAAGGGAAAGCGAGUGAAAGAUGACGGCACAGCGGAGCAGUUGAAGUUUUGUGCGAAGAUUUUGCAAGAUUUACACAGGAAGCAGCAUUAUGGCAUAGCUCACCCCUUCUAUGAGCCAGUUGACUGGGUCAAGCUGGACAUUCCAAGUUACCCGAAGGUUGUCAAGAAGCCAAUGGACCUUUCGACCAUUAGAAAGAAGCUCGAGAACUUCGAGUACUCUACUGCUCAGAAGUUUUUUGACGACUUCAAAUUGAUGAUUCGUAAUUGUUUCCUUUUCAACCCCGCCGGCACCUUGGUAAAUCAAGCCGGCAUCGAACUUCAACGCCUUUUCGACGAGAAAUGGAAGAGCCUCCCACCCCUCCACGAGGUUAGCGACGAAGAGGAAGAGGAGGAGGAGGAAGACGAUAGUGAAACUGAACGGCAACGUACGGGAUCGCUGUUUGAAAAUCAUACUUGCGCGAUCGCAAUGAUGGAAAGCCAGAUCGAGGCCAUGAGGGGAAAUAUUGCCGCAUUGAAAGGUACCAAGCCGGUCAAGGAGAAGAAGAAGAAAGAAAAGAAGGAGAAGGCUCCUACAGCAUCGAGUUCUAAAGCUCCACCCAAACAGCCCAAAGCGUCAUCGAAAAAGAAAGGCAAAAAGCCCAUCUCUGACGAUGACGUUCUAAGCUUCGAGCAGAAGAAAGACUUGAGUGAGUCGAUCGGCAAACUAGAUGGCGUCAAGCUCGAAAAAGUCAUCCAAAUAAUUCAUGAAGGCGUUCCCGAAAUACGAGACAGCACGGAGGAAAUCGAGCUGGAGAUUGACCUAUUGCCAUCGGCGGUCCUGACCAAGCUCUACAAUUUUGUCAUCCGUCCAACACGGCAGCCGGCGACUAAGCGCAGUCGGACGGGCAAAGGCACUGGCACUGGUGGGCUUAAGCGGAAGAGUAUGGACGAGGAUGUCGAAGCUGAGAAGAUCCGACAGUUGGAAGAACGUAUGGCUCUCUUCGACAAAGGCGCCGGUGGUGCACCUGUUCCCGCAGCUCGUCGCGACGAUGACAGUGAUCACUCGUCGGAUUCCAGUGGAGAGUCGGACAGCUCUGGCAGUGAUUCGGAAUGA